GAAAAAGCAAUCCAACAUGGCGGCUGCGGCGGCGAAGUUGGGUGGUGUUUUUGUUUUGAUUUUUAUUUUCAACCCCGCAUGGACUAAAAUAACUUCUAGGAAGCAGUUGUAUAGACCUCAAGUUGUUGAGAGAUUCACUUCAAAAGACAGUGAUCGUCUAUAUCCUCACAGAUCAGAGAGAAGUACAAAUAUAGGUAGAGUGAAAAGCACUAAAACUCGACUUGAAAGCAGUGUUUUCGUUCUGGGGAACAACAGAACGAACCACAACCAAGCGAUUAUCCACUGGUCGGGAGAAAACAGCGAGGCAAUAUUUGUCCUGACAAGAAGAAUAGCCUAUAAUCAGUCGGUGAUGGACAGCACGUUAUGGAGAUCAACGGACGAUGGCCACCAUUUUUCCAAUGAGACCAGCAAGUUUGCCACGGGAGCUGUGUUAUCACACUACUACGUCUGUCCUAUUAACAAGAACAAGCUGAUAGUGAUCUCCAACAACAAGUCACUGUACUACACUGAUGAUGAAGGAGAAACAUACCAUCUGGUCCAAAACCUGCAGUUCCAGCCUACUGAUCUGACGUUUCAUCCCAGCCGGGAUGACUGGGUGCUAGGCUAUGACUCCCACUCACAGAAGCUCUACAUUUCCAUGAACCUGGGACAACAGUGGAACAUUCUUCACACACAUGUAACAAAGGGACACUACUUCUGGAGUGUGAAAGACAUUGACAAGGAUGAUCACCUGGUCCAUAUGGAGGUGUAUGACAGUCAUGCAGGUGGAUAUCUGUAUGUAAGCUGCCUCAUUCCACACUGUUCCCACAAGAAUGCUCACCGGGGCCUGGGUGCCAUUGACAAGAAUUCCUUACUGGUUCAGGAUGAGUACAUCUUUGUUGAGAAAUCUGCAGUUGAGGUGACCAUGUAUGUGUCUUGGAAGAGAGGUGACUUCCAGAAGGCAGUUUUGCCGAGGAAUGUAAGAGCUGAGGAUUUCCACAUCCUCAGCACAGAUGAGGAGCAGGUGUUCUUGGCAGUGAACCACCGUGACAACCUGACCAGUCUGUACCUGUCUGACACCGCAGGGGUGUACUACGUCCUCACACUGGAGAAUGUGGUCGCACUGGCCCUUCCCAGUGGCUUCCUGGUGGAUGUGCAAGAGGUGAAAGGCCUGAAAGGAGCGUUUGUGGCAAACCAGCACACACCCAGGAGAAACCCUCGGACUUUCAUCACAUGGGACAAGGGUGGGGAGUGGAGCCUGGUGCAGGCACCAGAAAAUGACAUCCAUGGACAGCCUUUUAACUGCACAUUGCCAUCUUGUUCGCUCCACUUGCACAUGGACUUCAGCAAAACCAUUUACCACAUUCCCUCCGUCAUGUCCAGGGAGUCCUCUGUGGGCCUGGUCAUGGCUCAAGGUAAUGUUGGGGAUGAUUUGGACUCCAUAUCAUCUGAUGUCUUUGUGUCACACAAUGGAGGACUGACCUGGGAUCAGGUAUUGGAGGAUCGUUACUAUGUGGUGUUUACGGACCAUGGUGGGGCAAUUGUAGCAGUGAAGCUGGAGUCUGGCAAGCCAACUGACACCUUAGAGUACAGUUGUACAGAAGGGCAGAAGUGGGAGUCCUUCAAGUUCACAGACACCCCACUUCUGAUAGACGGGGUACUGAACGAGCCAGGGGAGGCCACGCUCAUCAUUCUGGUGUUUGGUCACCUCCAGGCCGACUCUCGCUGGUACGUGGUCAGACUGGACUUUCGCUCCAUUCUGACCGCCAAGUGUACUGACCAGGACUACACCACCUGGACACCCAGUGAUGAGCUGGGAAGACAGUGUUUACUGGGUGAAAGGAAAGUGUACGAGAGAAGGAAGGUCGAAUCAACGUGUUACAACGGGAGAAACUACGAAAGAGAAAUCAACACAACUAUAUGUCAGUGUACACCAGAGGACUUUGAGUGUGAUUAUGGUUUCCAGCGGUCCAGUAGUAACAGGACGGUGUGUACUGUUACUGACUGGUUUGACCCAAACCAACCCCUGGGAGAAUGUCCGGAGGGACAACACUUCUCCAGAAGCUCUGGGUAUAGGAAGAUUCCAUCUGACAAUUGUACAGGGGGUGUUACGGACCAGUACAAGCCCAGACAGGUGCCGUGCCCACUGCAGAAGGCAGAGGGGCUGCACCUGACAGCUGACGUGGGACCUGCUGCCCCCACACAUACUAAUGUAACCUUCCACCUCACACAGGACAGGGGGUCUAAAGCCAGCACCGUCUACACAUGGGACUUUGGGGACGGUGUCGUCACCUCCCAGCCAGGUCUGAUGAACAGCUCCACCCAGGUGCACAGCUACGACACGGCGGGAACGUACGCGGUCUCCGUGUCAGCCAACAACUCCGCAGGCUGCACCUCUACCAGCAUCUACAUCAAGGUCAAUGAUAAGAUCACCACCCUGAAGGCCUGUGCACCAUCAGCCAUGUGUGUGAACAAACCCUGGAACUUCACUGUAACCCCAUUGGCUGGGGAUGGUCAUGUGCCAACAAUCAGCAACCAAUCAGGGCUCGGACUCAUCCACUAUGUGUGGGACUUUGAUGAUGAAGAGGAGACAGACACAAAGACCCCUCUCUUGUCCUGGAAGCCAUCCAUGAUGCACACAUAUAAAGAGACAGGUAAAUACAGCUGGACAGUGGAAGCCAUUAACCCUGUCAGCAGGAUACAACAAGAGGAGGACAUACAAGUCUAUGAUAUCCUGAAGACCCUGGAGCUGUCCUUCACAGCCACAUUAGACAUGGCCAACAAGGGAACAGCUCAGUGGAGACAGCAAUUUGGUGACCUGUUAGAGAAACAGCUGCAGGAGGUACUGAAUGUAUCUGAUGCCCACCUGGCUGUGACAGUGUUCCCCUACAUCCCCACACGGGUGCUGGUGUCUGUGUUCCCACCCUGUAACCUCACCGCAGAGCUGUCAGUACCGAGGGAGAACAGCGCAGAGGCAGCAAACUGUGUGAAUGAACUCACAAAGGCACUAAAGUCUGCUGUGGAUGCUGACAAAGUUUCCUUGAGCCUUGCUGGUGGUUUGAUAGUAAAGGCACUGAGAGUGUACGUCUUACAAGAAUGUGCUCCUCCGAUUCCUGAGCCACAGGGUAGUUACCAGUCUGUGAUCAUUGGAGUUUUAGUCCUGCUUGUCAUCAUCCUCCUCCUUCUUCUGCUUGCUUACUUCUGGAAAAGAAAACGUGAGAGAAGUAACUGGUACUCCCAGAUGCCAGCGCCGACGAGCCUGAUGAACGAGCAGGGAGAGAUGCUGUCCCCGGCGGAGGACCUGCUGGACCAGGAGAUCACAGAGGAGGAGUUCCUGGACGACAUCGAGGACGACUCCUUCCAACCAGUAAGCCAACCAACCUUGGUGAUGAUGUCAGGGGUCGGUCCAAGCACUGGUGGAGGAACAAACAUGCCUUGUUAACUGUGAAUCAACAAAGAAGGAGGAGCAGCCCACAAGGUUUAAGCCACCAUUGUUGCAUGGAAGGGGAUCGUUUUUCCUUGUCAGUUUUGUGUGUGCGUUGGAUGGAGAUCUAAUUUUGCUGUGCUUGUCAAUCAUGUUCAAAGGAGAGGAAAUUAAUUUACUAUCAGGGAUUGGCCACGUUUUUUAAGUUUUCUGGCAUUCUGUAGCUGUGUGCUGAUAAAUAAAUGAAGUGACCAAUCAAAGCAGAUAGAGGACGAGAAAGUCAUUUACUGAAGUCAGUCAAAAGGAGCUGAGAAACAGUUACUGCGGCUUCCAUGGUAACCGUAGUCCAUUGCAGCUGUCGAUCAUGUGCUAUAUACCUUGUUGAAGUUAUAAUUGUUGCAGGUUUUUAAGAGUAACAAGGAUGACACCCAGGCUAUUAUAAGGGUUGUCCAUCCAGAGUGGUUGGUAUAUUGAUGACUAUUGCAGGUAACUGAAGGCCUUCAAACUGUAGGACAGUUGAAAGGCACGUACAGACUGAAAUAGAGUGUGCAAGUACAUAACGCAAGAGACAAAAGUAUGUAACCCUCUAUUACAUAUACUAGGUAACUCGCUCUCUAUUAGUCUAAAAGGUUCCCUGCAUCAUUCCAACCUCUAAUUCUUCCAUGUCAGUGUAUGUAGUAACUGUAUGUAUAACAAGUGUUGUUGCAGCUUAGUAAAUACUAACUUUGGUACUUGGCUGUACAUAUUUGAUAUCUACAUAUAACUGUUGUGGAGAGAUUAACCAGACAAUUUUUCUUGCCUGGACAUGCAAAAAGAGUACAGAUAGACGUGAUGUUAUGUAAAAGCCACAAGUACUGUAAGUGAAAAAUGUAAGCUUUGUCAGGAUAUGUAUGCAGUUUUAAUAUAACUUAUUUUAGAUUAGAUGUCCCUUCUAGGUAGAAGGCAAUACUUGAGGUGUAGAGGAAGAAAAGUAACAAUGUACAAUCAAAUGCAUAGAAGUGACAUUAUCAAUAGAUGCAAAGUGAUUUAAAGGUCUACAUAUAAUUUUGAAUACUUGAUUUUAUACCACAUAUAUAUUAAUUUUGCCAUUGUGCUAAAAAUAGAACAUACGGUGCCAAAAGUUGACAGAUGCUGAUAUGGUUUGCAGAAAAAUAUUAAGCAAACAUUAUUGUUAUUUUAAUGGCAUCUACAUGUACAGCCCUGCUUAUUUCUUACCUCUGCAAUUUUUAUUUUGUCAUUCUAUUUUUGCUUUUAUUUCUAUUUAUUUUUAUUUAUUUCACAGUUUUUAACAUGACUUUAGUGGAAUAAGGGUUGCAACAGCAGCUGUACUGACAGACUUGUCACACCUAACCUUCAUCUAGCUACAAGCAAACUUAAAACUAUCUAAGCGAUGUUGCCCCUACUGUACUUGGUGGCAAUGUUUCCACACACUUUCCAAAUAGUUUGUAUUUCUAUACAUUCCAUUUUUGUGCAAGUCCUACUCUAAGUGUGCUUUUGUUGCUUUGCCUUAUGGAGUGAAACCAUUCCUGAGAGUGUUUAAUGUGUCGUUUUAUAAAUAUGAAUUUUGUAUUGUGACAUGAAGCUGAGGGUGAGAUAUGUAAAUAUUUGUCAUGUUGCUAUUUUUGGCAAUGCCUCAGGGGUGGAAGUAUUUCUUAUUCUUGGAGAAAUCGUUAUUUUUCUUUGUUAAAUCUAUACGUUGUGACAUAAAUACACUGCAAAGGUUAAGGGGUAAGUGUGCACAUGCACGAGGUCAAAGGUGAAUGCCUCUGACUUGUAUGAACACAAGCUACAUUCUGUAAGAGCCAGAAUGCACAAUGUUAGCAACAUUCCUGUUGAAAGUGUAACACAUCUAUUGUAUUACUCUUGAUGUUAUCAUAAAAUAUAUGACAUGUGUUAUUUCAUUUAUGAUUUUCAAAGAACUCACUGAUGGAAGUGAACUUUAGAAUUUGGAUUUUAGAUUUCUUGAAAGUAUCUAGAAAUAUACACCCAUGAAUUGUGCACUAGAUUGGACACUGCAUGAAAAUUUAUGCUUAUGUCUUAAUUAAAACGAUUGUUACA